UUUGCCGCCGAAUAUUCUAAGUAGUUUUUUCCUCAUUCUGCAGCGCGGGAGUUUGUGUUUCCGUGUGUGCAUGUUGGACCCUGUGCUGUAUUUUAAACAAUAACGUUCAUAUUAAUUACGUAUCUAUAUCUGAAGGAAUAGUUUGACGACAACAUGCAGCGGAGCAUUGCAUCCUUUUUCCAGCCCAAGUGCCAGGACAAGGGCCCCCAGAAGAAAGCCUCGGCUGGACCCCUGAAAAAGCCCGUUAAAAGUCCUCUCAAGGUGCAGAACGGCGCCCGGGAGGCCGACUCGCCCGUCAAGAGGGUCGCCAAACGCAGCCGUCAGAUCCUGGACAGCGACGAGGAGGAGGAGGCGGAGGAGGAGGCCCCUGCCGCCAAGGAGCAAGGAGACAAAGAAGCCCUCGAUAAGAAAGAAAAGAAGGACGGCGUCUUCAAGGCCGUCCCCGCCCCUCUGUCUCCUCCACCUGCACCUCCAGCAGCGCCCGCCGCUCCGGCUUCCUCCGCUUCACCUGGGACCCGGAUCUCCCCCUCCGGCAUCGCCAAACGCAAGACGGCCAGGAAGAUGUUCCCCAAGCGGAAGCUCAACGAGGGCGGGAGCAGCAGCGGCGGCGACGACGAGAGCCAGAAGGACGAGGCGGAGGCCAAGGAGGCGCCGGGUCAGCAAAGCAAGCGACCCCGCGUGGAGGGGGCCGCAGGGAUCACCGAGGAGCCCAUGGACGAGGGCGCCGAGGAAGAAAGCGCCAUAAAGGCUGCGACCAAGGCUCACGGCCCAAAUGAAGAGGUGGAGGAGGAGGAGGAGGAGAAGGAGGAGGAGGAGGAGGAGGAGAAGGAGAGUGUGAAGAGAAAGAGCUCUGAUGAGAAAGUAAAGAAAGCUGAGGGGGCGGAAAAGAAAAAUGAAGCCAAAGAGAAAACUGAUGAUGAGAAAGGACUCGCUGUGGCCAAUAAGAAGAAGAAGAAGGAGGAGGAGGAAGAGGUGGAGGUGGAGGGGGAGGUGGUUGAAAAGGACACCAGAGAGGAAGAACAGAGCCCAAAAAGUCAAACGGCGAGAAAGCGGAAAGAAGCCAAAGAGCAGAAAGAUAAGGAGCCACUCAAGAAGGCUCCCAUCAGCAGUUUCUUUGCUCCGAGAAAAGCCGCAGUGAAGACUGAGAAGGACGAAGGGGAGAGGAGGACGAGCGGCGAGAGGAAGACGAGCGGCGAGAGGAAGACCUCGGAGGAGGAGACCAAAGACACGAAAGGCGAGUCGACCGCGGGGCCCACGGACUUCGACCCGUCCGGGCCCGGCUACCACCCUGUGGACCACGCCUGCUGGAAGCGGGGCCAGAAAGUGCCGUACUUGGCGGUGGCACGCACCUUCGAGAAGAUUGAAGAGGACUCUGGCAGGCUGAGGAACAUCGAGACGCUGUCCAACCUGCUGCGCUCCGUGCUGCUGCUCUCUCCAGACGACCUGCUGUGCUGCGUGUACCUGUGUUUGAACCAGCUCGGCCCCGCCUACCUGGGGAUGGAGCUCGGCGUCGGCGAGACGGUGCUGAUGAAAGCUGUUGCUCAAGCAACCGGGCGACAAUUGGACAAAAUCAAGGCGGAGGCGCAGGAGAAGGGAGACUUGGGCCUCGUGGCCGAGAGUUCCCGUAGCAACCAGCGCAUGAUGUUCCAGCCGGCCAGUCUGACGGCGGGGGGCGUGUUCAGGAAAUUGAAGGAAAUCGCCGGCAUGAGCGGGAACUCGGCCAUGAAUAAGAAAAUCGACAUCAUCAAAGGCCUCUUUGUGGCGUGUCGGUUCUCCGAGGCCCGCUACAUAGUCAGGUCCCUGGCGGGGAAGCUGCGGAUAGGCCUGGCCGAGCAGAGCGUCCUCGCGGCUCUGAGCCAGGCGGUGUGCCUGUCCCCCCCCGGACAAGGUUUCCCCCCCGCCGUGCUCGACGCUGGGAAGGGAAAGAGCGCCGAGAGCCGGCGGUCCUGGAUCGAAGAGAAGAGUCUCAUUCUCAAACAGACCUACUGCGAGAUGCCCAACUACGACGUCCUCAUCCCCGUCCUGCUGAAAGAAGGCAUCGACGAGCUGCCCAAUCACUGCAAGCUGACUCCAGGUGUGCCGCUGAGACCCAUGUUGGCCCACCCCACCAAAGGCGUCGGCGAGGUGAUGAAGAGGUUCGACGAGGCGGCGUUCACCUGCGAGUACAAGUACGACGGGGAGCGCGCACAGAUUCACAUUCUGGAGAGCGGCGAGGUUCGGGUGUUCAGCCGCAACCAGGAAGACAACACCAGCAAAUACCCCGACAUCGUCUCUCGUGUUCCCACGGUGAAGAAGGGCUCGGUGGCGUCCUGCGUCCUGGACGCCGAGGCGGUGGCCUGGGAUCGGGAGAAGAAGCAGAUCCAGCCCUUCCAGGUGCUCACCACCCGCAAGAGGAAGGACGUGGAGGCCUCGGAGAUCACGGUCCAAGUGUGCGUCUACGCCUUUGACCUCCUGUAUCUCAACGGCGAGUCGCUGGUGCGACAGCCGUUGUGUCGGCGUCGGGCUUUGCUUAAAGAAAGUUUCUCAGAAGUGGAAGGAGAGUUUGUGUUCGCCCGAUCCAUCGACUCCGACAACACAGACGCCAUCGCAGAGUUCCUGGAGCAGUCUGUCCGAGACUCCUGCGAGGGUCUGAUGGUGAAGACUCUGGAGAAGGACGCCACCUAUGAAAUCGCCAAGCGCUCUCACAACUGGCUCAAGCUGAAGAAGGACUACCUGGACGGCGUGGGCGACACGGUGGACCUGUGUGUGAUCGGCGCCUACCUGGGGAAGGGCAAGCGGGCCGGCGCCUACGGGGGCUUCCUGCUGGCCUGCUACGACGAGGACAACGAGGAGUUCCAGUCCGUCUGCAAGAUCGGGACGGGCUUCAAGGAUGAAGAUCUGGAGCAGCAUUACAAGUUCUUAAAGGUACGGCGUCGCUCGUGGAUGGUUGAAAGGGACCGAAGUAGCGCAGCUUCUUCUUCUUCUUUUUCCUCUUCUUCCUCCCCCUUCGCUGUGAAAGCAAUCACUUCCUCAUUAAGGGCGUCGCUCGGUUCCAGGUUUACGGACCUAAAUGGAGACUUUCAGGCCAAAGUGAGAAUGACGGUGUGCGAACCCUCCUGAAACACAACUCCCCGAA